AGUCUAUUCUCGGAUCCUGGUAAGAGCUCCAACAGACAAACAGGUCCAUAGCCGCCAAGGUAGGCUAAGAUGUUCAUUUUACAGAUAGCGCACCCGCUCGCAACCAAGACGUUAUCGGCACGAGGCUAUUGACACCUUCAGGCUCCAGUGAGGCUUUUGGGCUUGUACAGCGUUGGUACAACACUUGCAAAACCAAUCACGUGGAUUGCAACGAGACAUUUACUAGGCCAGAAGACUCCUUGGCAAACAGCCACUCAAGCAUUGUGCCAGCACUGCCUACUAGAGUCCUUGACAUUGGUCCGGCUGAUGGAUCAGGAGAGCCGAAGCUUCUGGUAACUAAAGGGAUCAAUGCCCCCUAUGCCGCUCUGAGCCAUUGCUGGGGAAAGGAAAGAAUAUUGACAACAACAUCUCACAACCUGGCCCAGCAUUGUGUGGUUGUUCAGUUCUCCAGUCUGCCCAAGACCUUCCAAGAUGCCAUCAAGAUCGUACGGUUUCUCAGCUUACGUUACCUCUGGAUCGAUAGUCUAUGCAUCGUGCAGGAUGACGCUGAUGACUGGCGCAAGGAGUCAGUUCAGAUGGGGCGCAUCUACAAAGAUGCCGAAAUCACUGUCGCCGCGUCGAGUGCCAAAAACGGAUCCGAGGGUUGCUUCGUUCCACGUCCUCCACUGCAACCAGCCGUCCGUCUUCCCUACGGAGACCCGGAUCAAAGAGAAUAUAUGUCGGCAACUUUGUUUCCUGACGCAUCAAGAAUGGAUGCUCUCCCCUCGUGUUAUACAUUAUACAAAAGCACGAAUGGUCUGGGCGUGUCGCACUUUGCUCAAAUGCGAGGAUGGUGAGAAUGAGACAUCGGGGGAUGAGCAGAGGCUCUUUGACAGCGCCAGGCGAUAUCGACAAGCCAAGGAAGGGAAACCGAAAAAUGGCUCGUACGUAGACAACGAGGAGAUCUUAGGUUUCUAUGCAGACUGGUGCGAUCUGGUGUCCACCUACGCUGCACGAAGCCUCACAUACGAGUCGGACAAGCCUGUCGCAAUCUUGGGCUUGGCUACUGAGGUCGGCAAAGGGAUUGCCGAGGACUACACCUCUGGAGUAUUCCACGAUGACUCACAACUCAACGAAGAGUUCCAUGCGCAUUGCGUACUCACUCAACUGCUCUGGUUCGCGAAAUCGACAUUGGCUCGUCCGCUCGCUCUUCGAGAUCAACCCCAUUGGUCCUGGACAUCUACCAUUGGAGCGAUAUCCUUCCUCGCACCAGCUCGGGCGGCGAAAAGUUGCAUUCAACAACUGAACCGCGUGCAGACAAAGGAUUCUGUAUCUUCGUGGAGGUUUUCGGCUCGGUUGAAGAAGUGGGAGGCGCGACAAGAAGGAGACCCAUCCACUCGAUCUGGGGAUGACUACUAUUUCAUGGAAUUUUAUCCCAAAGGGUCCAUCACGUACGGCGGUUUCGUGACGCACAAUACCAAGUUGUUUUCUGGAAGAGAUAUGGCGCCUGGUGGGUGGGUGGUCUUCGACUUGAACGAGUGGCCGGCUGAGCCAUUCUGUCUUGCUGAGAUUUCGACCAACAAAUUCAACGAAAAGCCUGGCGGCUUCAACGUGAUGUUUCUGGCAGAAAUAAAGUCAGAUCCCGGCGACGGAUCAGAUAGACGGUUCAAGAGGCUUGGGGUCGGACAGGUCAUUGACCAAACGUGGUUUGAUCAUGCUGAACUUGUGACCAUCGCGUUGGUAUGAUAGCUGUUGAUUGUGAAGAAGAGCUGAUGAUUUUAUUUUCGAAUCGGACUACACAUCAACUUUUUUCUUGGACGCUAGACUUGAUAAGUAUGACGGCCGUUGACGGUGACAGUGCAUCGACGGGAACAGCCGUACAACGUCCGUG